CAAGAGGAACAUCUGCACCUCCUCAAACACCAGCAGAAGACAUAGUUCAGGCCCGAACCAGUGAGCACCAUCCGACCACCAGGUUACAGCUCCUGACCUAAACCUCCAGCAGAGCCCAAGGACCAACAAGAGCUAGACACAGUGAAGACUUAAAGAUCUGCAAAAAGACAAAAACCCAGAUCUGAAUUAGACCCAAGAGGACAACAAGGGAACUCUAAGCAUGUUUCCAACAUCUUACUCCGCCAAAGUGAUGGCUGUCUGUGUGGCGGCAAUGAUGGUAAUGAUGAUGAUGACGGAGGUAACCGCCAUGCCGAAAGCAGGCGGCCAUUCAACACACUCAGUGGAAACACACAAGAUGUCCUCUGAUGAUGCGGCUGUGAAAAUGGUCACCUUGAAGCUUGACCAGAAAGCUUUGUCUCCUUCUGGAAGCAUCAGACCACUGCAGAACUUCUCCAUCUCCCCGUGGACAUACAACAUCUCCCGUGACGACUCUCUGAGCCCUCCAUGGGUUUCGGAGGCUCGCUGUUUGCUGCGCGGCUGUCGGGACUCAAAGGGUCAGGAGGACCUAAGCCUGGAGUCCCGACCCAUCAUGCACCAUGUGCUAAUGCUGCGCCGGGUCAAGUCGACAGGGACGGAGCACAGCUACCACUACCGGCUGGAGUCCCGUCUCAUCGCUGUGGGCUGCACUUGCGUCCGACCCACCAUCCAACACCAAGACUGAAGAACAGCAGAGAGCAGAAUGGCUGCUAGGUCAGUCUGAUACAAGCAGGAGCUUCUGUAUGGAAAACUAAUCUUUUAUAAUAUAUACAUAUAUAUAUAUAUACUGGAGAAUGAUAGGGCAGAGAAUAAUAAAAGAUUCAAGUACAUGUCCGUCAAAAACAUGAGUGUAAGUCACACGUAACUAACAAAAUAAUCAUGACUUCAGAUUUGAGGUCUCAUUGAAAAUAUGUCACACCUUCAUGAGUUGAAAUAAGGACACAAUUUAAAUUAGAAUUAUUGUUACUAUCUCAGAAUUUAGACUUAGUUACUAUUGUUAGACAACUUGUAAGUAACUCAUUAUUUCCAGCUUUUCUUCAAUGUAUUUAAUUUGAUUUGAUGUGAGAUGAAAGAUUUUUUUUAUACACAUGCACGCGUUGCCUACAUGCUGCUCUGUGAUCUGUUACAUGUUGAAUUAAUCUGCUUUUUUAUCUUAUUUUUUUGUGUGUGUUUUUUUUACACUUUUUUUUCUUGAAACAUAACUGGAGAAACUAGACAACUACACUCUGGAGCUGAAGUUAAAAAGCAAACAGAUUAUUAUUGCAUGUGUUUCAUAUCUUAAGUUCUAUUUAUGGUUUUAGUCUAUUUAAUUUACUAUUUAAAAAUGAUUUCAGCAGAUAUUUAUUGAUGAUGUUAUAUUAAUGUUACUGUAUUUAUUCAGAGGCUGAAUGUGGU